CGUGGGCUUCCAGUGAAGACCUCUCUGUUCGCAUUAGUUCUCUUAUUUUCUUACCAAUAUUUUGUUUUCGAUCCCGGAUCGUUCGUAAUUCGUCGUUCUUUGUGUUUUAAUUUUUGUUCGUUUGGUUGUUGUUCGUAAUUUCUAAAAGAGGACAUUGCGUCUUUGGUUCUUCUUGACUAUCUUGGAUCGUUUUUGGAGAUUCAUCCCGGUUUUAUGGCAAAACCGAGAAUACGAUAACGACGACGGAUGGCGCGACAGGUUCUGGUUUUCUGCAUUGAGUCAUAGCUGCCUCAAGUUUCUGCCUAUACAGAUGAUACACAGAGCUCGAGCUUCGAGGCUACCUGUUUAGUUCAGUUCAAUCAUAAAAUAAACAAAUCGAUACCAUUAUUACAGUGUGUGCACUUUGUUGAUAUUUCAUCAAUUUUUGUUAUUGGUUUUGUAUCAUCAUCGAUCUUGUGUUUGACUCAAGGCGUAUACUCGUACUCGUAUUGAUUGACGUUAUAUUGAGUCUUAAUGAAGUCAUAUUUUUAUAUCUCCUUCCGAUGUCCAUAUCUUGCAUAUGAAUGUGAUCAGUAACAGUGACAGUGACCAAAGCAGUGUGAGAUCAAUGUGUAUUGCAUAUUGAUCAGAAUUUUUCAACUUCUGAUUAUUAAAUCUAUGCUGCAACAAGUUUUAUCCAAAAAAUAAACGUUAAGAAAAGUGACUUUUAAAGAUUCGAAAAAACCCAGACAAUAGACGGUUCUGUAGUUUCCGGUGAUUCACGCAUUUUAUAAAACAAAACCAGGAGGUGUCCUGUGCGCGUUUGAAAGAACAAUUUUUCUCUCACUAUCUAAUACCAAAAAUCAGUGAGAUUUAUAUACCUGUCUUAUCGGACCUAACCUACCUAACUUUUGUAUCCCUGGUGAGUGCCGGUAUUUCGAAACGAGUAUCUUUUUUGUAGUGCGAACAGGUGGAAUUGUAAUUGUUAUUAUUUGUGUUUCGCACGCUGAUAGUGCACUUUUGUUGUUGUUCUCCUUUGACGUACAUCAUCAGUUAUUUAAGUGAAAACGUUGCUUUGCUUCAAAAGACACAACAAAAAUAAGCUGAUUAGCAAAAUUGACAGCUCUGCGGGACGGCGACAUCGGCUAUAUCAUCGGGGUGCAGCGGUGACCGAGACGGCAACGACCCCUCAACAAACGGACGUGCAUUUGUGAAUUCUUCAUCCGAUAUUUCCUAUAGAUUUACCUGAAUGGAAUAAAGAAAAUAAAUAUAAAACCUAAGCAAAAUAAAUAGUUACAAAAAUAAAUCCCAACAAAGAAAAAUAUGGAUUUAUCAAUGAAAUUUUUUACAAUGAGAAACCUUAUGACAGUGUUUACAUGUUGUUUGAUUUUAUUGAAUUCGUUGAUAAGCGUUGGAGCUAUAAUUGAAGAUGACAUUGAAGACAAUACAACUUUACCUGUUUUGAAUCAAUCGGGUGAAAGUGUUUUAGCUGAACUUUCAUCUUCAACAACGCCCACAACAACAACAGAAACAACAACGACUACAACAACGGUAGCGACACCAAAGAGUUCUGUCAAGUUUUUCCAAAAAAGCUCACCAAAGAAGAGAAGAGUAGAAAUAGACUCGAUUCCGAUUGGUCAAGAUGCCGACGAUUGGAAAUGUCCCAACAUCACGAGUUCCAGAAGCUUAGAGUGUGGAUGUGAUCUACCGCACACCUUAAGAUGCAAUGGUGAUCUUCAUGGGCUUUCGGUCUUAUCAGAGAGUCUUCGAGCUUCACCAUAUCCCAUUUCGUUGCUUGAUUGUUCGCUACGGAAUGUGAGCUUUUUAAGUGAUGCCAAAAUCUUUGAAAAUAUUUCACUGCAUGGCUUAGUCAUUUCAUCUGGAGAAAUUAAGAGAGUACAUAAAUCAGCUUUUCUUGGUUUGAAAACACCACUUCAAGCCUUAGGUCUACCAAGUAAUGCUCUUUUAAGUGUUCCCUGGAAUUCAAUAACCCACUUGACGUCAUUGGAACGCCUUGAUUUGUCCAAUAACAAAAUCAAAACUCUUGGGACAGCUGAUUUUUCAAGUUUACAAAAUCUGAUUUAUCUAGAAUUAAGCAAUAACCAAAUAUCUAGCAUCUCUGUUCGAUCAUUCACAAAUGCAAAGAGACUUGAAGUCUUAAAGCUUGGAGGCAAUCGUCUGGGAGACUUUCCAUCGAGCUUACGAUCCCUAAGCCAAUGUUAUAACUUGCGUCAACUAGAUCUCAGUUCAAACUCGAUCAAUGGUCCGUUAUCUGCCUCCACAAUACCGGCACUUCGGAACUUGGAGUUACUCAAUCUUGAUAAAAAUUUGAUCAAGAGCAUUCAAAACAAAGCUUUACAGAAUUUUACCCGGUUAACGAGUCUGUCACUACAACACAAUCAAAUCGAUGUGCUGCAAGAUCACGCUUUCUACGGACUUGGGUCUCUUGAGAUUCUUGAUCUAAGUUAUAACGGAAUUGUUGCCAUAUCAAGUUCAUCUUUACAGCAUUUGGCACGUUUGAAAAUUCUAGACAUAACCCAUAAUUUCUUGAGAGCUUUAACCUCGGACUUAAUUGCCCCUCUGCCAUCCUUGAAUGAAUUGCGUUUGUCUGGGAACGACAUAUCAAUUGUUGCCAAGAAUGCCUUCGACGGUGCCAAGGAAUUGAAGAGUUUGUCACUCCAAGAAAAUCCGCUAUCAUGUGAUUGUACAAUUCGUCCGUUCGCCGAAUGGCUCCAAAUAGCAAAAUUGCCUUCACAAGACUUAAUAAGUCCAACUUGUGUUACACCACCGAGAUUAGAGGGGGCUCCACUAAUACAAGUUCCGGUGGAAUCACUGCACUGUGAUAUGGAUAAUAUUGAAAAGGAUAAUGCCAAUAUCUUGGAACAACUCGAGGCGAUUUCAAGACAGAAUAAUUCAACCAAUAUCAGGGACUUAAGUGAAAAGAUAUCUCUUUUGGAAUUACAUUACUCUACUGAUUAUGGACUAAUUUUGCAGUGGAUCUUAAAUCUAAGUCAAGAUGAUUAUAUGUGUGAUGCAAUCUUUGUUUACAAAGAAGAGAAUAUCAAUGAGAUUUUAAUUGACAAAUCACCGAUUCAUUGCGAAAGUAAAAUCAUAAAUGGCCAAAAUACUGUCAGCGUAAUUGUUCCUGAAAGUUCUAUUUUGGAAAUUGGUGAAAGUUAUCGUUUUUGUCUUGUUCUAGUUCAAGAAGACAAUCCAAAGUCCGAAGUUGUAAUCGGUUGUUCUAACAUAACCAAACUUCAACUAAGCAAUCCUAAUUCCAACUUCGAUAAUCGGCCACAAGCCUCCCUUAACCGAAGACCUAUGUACCCCUCGGAUAUUUCGAACAUUGAUCGGAUUUCAACACAUAGCGAUGAGAUCAGUGGCAAUGAGGAACAAAUUCCAUACGUUGGAGGUCGAAAGUACUCCAUGUCUGAGUACCCAAUUGGAGGCCAAGUGCGAGCUUAUAACUUCAUCGAUAGCCUUAACAAAAGCUUCUUACCCGGACUGGGUCUUGGCAUUUUAGUCACUAGUAUAUUUGUCCUAAUCUGGGGUGCAACUAGGAUACGAAGUAAUAGUCGUCCCAAUACCCCCACCGCUACAACAUGUUAUGCAGCUUCUGAAAGAAUUGCCCAUUUAGCAGAUCCAGAGCAUGGAGCUCGGUACUUAAAACUCCAAGCGACAACAAGUCUCUAGGGUUUCGAAAAACAAAAAGCCCUCGGGCGGUAUAGUUUUGUGAGUUAUGAUAUCCUGGGAGUAUGGAUAGGAAAAAUAAACUCUUGUGAUAAUUCCAGUACCAAUGUGCCGUGUUCUGUAAUGUAAAUCCGCAAACAAUAAACAAAAUUGAAAAUAUUCUUUUUUAAACAAAGCAGAAGAUAUCUCUCAAUUUUAAUGAGAAAACAUCAAACACGAGAAAGGAAGCGUUUAAAACCAAAAAAAAAAACUAAAACAAAAAUUGUGUUUUCUUCUUCCGUACUUAAGAUUUAGUUAAAUGAUUUGUUUUUUUAUUUUUAUUUUUAUUUUUAAUAUAUUUUAUUUUUUAUUGUUAUUGUAUAAAUUAAAAAUAUAUUGUUAACAAAUGUUUUUAUCUCUUUUCUCUUUCUAUUUAUUACUGACAAAAUAUGUUUUACUAUUAGUCUUAAUUUAUAUGCCCUGUGCCAUAACUAAGUUUGUAAAAUAAAUAAUUUAAAAAAUAAAGUAAAACAAUGGAAAUGUUCUGUUUUUUCCAAAUAAAAAUAUUUAAGUCAUUAACAAUAAAAUUAAUUUAUUUUUUAAAGUUUAAUAUUUUUUUCAUUUGAUAAUGUAUCGAUAUAAUAA